AUGGCUUCGAAACUCACCCUCGAGGCACCUCACGAAGCCGAGAACCAAUUCGAAGUGUCUCUGAGACAAGCCUUCGAGUCACUCGAACCAAAGUUGAGACCUCCUUUCUCUUUAGCCAUUCCAAAACCCGAUGAGUACACUCAGCUCAACCGCGCAAUCCUUCAUGGCGUUUUGAGUGAACCCCAUUUUGCCAAAACCCACAUGAAGCAUAUGCACGCCCUCGUCACUGAUGGGUAUGCCAUGUUUGUCAAUAUGCUUGUGAAAAUCGUUCACCAGUUGUACCCGAAGCUCACUGGUUCCGUGAAAAACCAAUUGCUUUGGGUCACUGAGCAAAUGGUUCAUGUGUUGGGAAUUGGUUACGAUAAUCUCUUGCUUUCCCUUAUGAGGCAAAUUGUUGCUGGGGAUUUCAGUGAUGACAAUUUGUUGCUGUGUUCCAAGUUGGUUACCCUCUUCUUGGAUCAAUGGCAAUGCUUCUUAGAUGAAGGACCCCAUGUUUUGUCUAGUGCAUUGUAUACCUUUCUUCGAGUUUUAGCUGAUCAUUGUAGACCCGAUGUUGAAAAGUUGGAAACUUUGAGGCAAUUGGAGAUUAGUUUUUGUGUCAAAAUAGUGAGGGAGGAGUUUCAUUUGUGUUUGAAAAUUGGGAGGGAUUUUAUUCGGUUGCUGCAGGAUUUGGUUCAUGUUUCUGAGUUUAAGGCUAUAUUGGAAGACUUGGUGUUGAAUCCAUCUGCAUUUCACACUUUAGGAUUCAACAAUGUUUCGCAGAUAUUCUGCACCAGGACUUCAAGUAGGUAUGUUUUACUUAGGAUCACUCCUGAAAUGGAGAUCCAAUUGCGGUUUUUGCUUACACAUGUGAAGUUGGGGCAUCAGCAGAGGCACCAGAUGUGGUUUGCCAGAAAGUUUCUCCAUGAGCCGGAUAGAGAGACUGUCAUAAUUGAUAUUGUUCGGUUUAUAUGUUGUGCUCACCACCCUCCCAAUGAAAUCAUUCAAUCUGAUGUUCUUCCUAGAUGGGCUGUUAUUGGUUGGCUUUUGAAGUCAUGUAGGAAGAACUAUGUUGAGGCCAAAGCCAAACUUGCUUUGUUUUAUGAUUGGCUCUUCUUUGACGAAGGGGUGGAUAAUAUCAUGAACAUUGAGCCUGCAAUUUUGUUGAUGGUGCAUUCUAUCCCAAAAUACAGUGACAUGACCCGCACUCUUCUUGAAUUCUUGCUACAUCUUGUGGACCACUAUGAUGUGGAACACAAGGGUAUCAUAGUUAAAGGCGUCUCAUCAGCUUUUCAGUUACUUGCCAGAAAGGGUGUGGUCCAAUCACUUGAUGUUUUGACUUCUUGUCCUGCACUUUCCCCUGCCCUAAAAGAGGGCCUGAGCAGGUUAUUAUCGGAUGUAAAGCUUGGAAGUUCUACUGGAUUUCUGCCAGGAUUGUUCCCUGCCCAGCAUGGCCACCUUUGA